AUGGACAUCGGAGCGGAUGGGGAUUCCGGGCAGGCAUGUUUUGCGCAUUCCGCUCUCUUCUGCGUCGCUAUCCCGCAACAUCAACCAGAGAGGGCAGGAGGUCAAGGUAGAGAAUGGAGCCCGGUGAGGACACCGGACAUUACGAGAAGGCCGAUGCUCCAGACCUUUGAAUGUGGGUUCCGAGUUCAUAGCUUUCCUGAUCCCGAAUCAUGGGCCUACGGACGCGAUCGUCCUCCAGGGAUCAUCCCCUCCACCGAUCCCAUCCACCGAUCACAACCCAUCAACCCCGGAGAAGUCAUGAUCAUUCCACCAGGCUUCCAUGCCGUGAAGGAUGGGCCUUCCCGCCAUCUUUUGGCCCUCUCGCUUGCUGCUCAGUCCUACAGACCUUGGGCUCACCGCCCUGUCUCCCAGCUCCUGUCCUGGCCGGAGAGGGGGAUACCAAGUACGCACACGCGCGCCCGCCAAGCCACCUUACAACGGUGCUUCGACGGAGAACGACCUCAAGCGGCUGCACAAGAACGGGAAAAAGAGCCAGCCGCUGCACCUCUUGGCCCGGUGAAGAAGCGGCCCAGGGCGCUCCCGGCCAGUCUCCGCCCCCUCCCCAUUUCUCGAUAA